GCUGCCGUGUCUGGUUUCUUCCCUGCUCUGAGUUAGAUGAGUGAUUAUCAGACGGCCAUCGUGCUGGACAGCGGGUCGGGUUUGAUGAAGGCAGGGUUUGCAGACCAGGAUCUUCCAACCACGGUGUUCCCGACGGUCAUCGGCCGGCCCAAAUAUGAGGAGAUCCUGAGCGGUAGCGUGGACCGAGCGGUGUACAUCGGGCACGAUGCGCAGCACAUGAGAGGAGUGCUAGCGCUGAAGUAUCCCAUCAGGAACGGCAUAGUGCGCAACUGGGAUGAGAUGGAGAUGAUCUGGGAUCACGCGUUCCAGCAUCUGUCGGUGCGUCCCGAGGAUCACCCGGUGCUGCUGACCGAAGCCGCCAUGAACCCGCGGCAGAACCGGCAGCGCAUGGUGGAGCUGAUGUUCGAGGCCUUCAGCGUCCCGCUGGCGUUCGUGGCCCUGCAGGCGGUGCUGGCGCUCUACGCCUCAGGCCGCACCACCGGUGUGGUGCUGGACUCUGGAGACGGCGUCAGUCACAGUGUUCCUGUGUUCGAGGGUUACUGUCUCCCUCACGCCGUGCAGCGCUUCAACCUCGCCGGAGCCGACGUCACCCUGCAGCUGCAGAAGCUGCUGCUGGAGCAAGGCGUGUGCAUGCGCACGUCAGCGGAGCUGGAGAUCGUGCGUGAGAUGAAGGAGAGAUGCUGCUGUGUGGCUCUGGAUUAUGAAGCGGAGCUGAAGAGCGCAGGAUCGGCCUCCUCAGAGGUUCAGUACACACUCCCUGACGGGCGGCUCGUCUCGCUGGCCUCCGAACGCUUCCGGGCUCCUGAAAUCCUCUUCAGGCCGGAGCUGAUUGGACGAGAGCAUUAUGGGAUGCAUGAGAGCGUGUUCAGGUCCAUCAUGCAGUCGGACAUCGACCUCCGGCGCAGCUUUGUGGGAAACAUCCUCCUGUCAGGCGGGAACACGCUGCUGCCGGGCCUCCCGGAGCGCCUCCAGCAGGAGGUGUGUGAUGUGUGUGCGUCAGAUCUGAGUGUGUGUGUGCGGGUCAUCAGUCCUCCGGAGCGGGACUCCUCAGUGUGGAGCGGUGGAGCGGCGCUGGCCAGCAGAGCCGAGCUCAGCGGGGCCUGGAUCAGUGCGCAGGAGUACCAGGAGUUCGGCCCGCACAUCGUCUUCAGGAAGUGCUUCUGAACACACACUUUUACAGGG